AGAGGCCAUGCGCGAACGCGUUUCAUGCAUGGAAAUAUGACAUAAUCCACGCUAGCAGCCCUACGGACGCAUCUUGGGAACUUCUUCUCCAGAUCAACACUCCCAGAGCAAUCCCUGCGCCGUCGCGGGAUCAACCAACCCAGCCAACAUGAGCAUGCACCCGGCGCGACAGGCCUACGUCGAGGAGGAGCAUGGCGCACUCCCGAAGCUGCCUGCUCAAGCUGAUUUGCCUGUCUAGGACGAUGCCAUGGACGGCAUUGAUUUCGCCAAUGUCCCGCUCGACCGCGACCACGCCAUGCCCGGCGGAGGCGACGAGAAGGCCUCGGAUGUCUACGCAGAGUUUGACCGCAAACGACGCGCCGCCCAGCUGAUUGUGCCCACGGCCAACCGCGACGUCAAGCUGCGACUGCGCUCGCUGAAGGAGCCCGUCACCCUCUUUGGUGAGGGGCCCGCCGAGCGACGCGACCGACUUCGAGCACUGCUCGCGAACGCUGCAGAAGCCGGCGAGGACCUGCCCGAUGUCGAAAUGCAGGAGGCAGGCGAGGCGCCGGGAGACGAGCAGGAGGAGUUCUAUUCGCAGGGCAUACACGCCUUGCUGGACGCCCGACGCGACAUGGCCAAGUACUCGCUCCCGCGCGCAAAGGAGCGAGUCGCCUACCAGCGCCGCGAAGCCACAAUACCGCUCAAGACACACGUCGAGUUCCGCAACAAAAUAAAGGACCGUCUGAAAGGCUUCGAACUGUACGGGUCGCAAACGGCAGAUCGCCCCGUGAGCGUCGUCAGGGUAUCACCAAAUGGACAGUACGUCGCAUACGGUACAUGGGGGGGGAAGGUUGCGCUGCUGGAAAUCCCCACCCUCGAGCCAAAAAAGACAUAUCGCGGUGGUCACACAGAGCGCGCUACAGGUAUAGACUGGAUGCCCGGCUCCACCCUACCAGGCAGCAACGUCUCCUCCUCAAGCGUAAACUUCGCCUCAGGCGGCGCAGGAGGAAAAGUCCAACUAUGGUCUCUCGACGACGACAAGCCACUACGAACCCUCGAAGGCCACACCGACCGCGUCUGCCGCCUCGCCUUCCACCCCUCAGGCCGCUACCUCGCCUCCGCCUCAGACGACACAACCUGGCGCCUCUGGGACGUCGCCACAGGCCAAGAGCUCCUCAUGCAGGAGGGCCACUCCAAGGAAGUCUACACCGUAGCCUUCAACACGGACGGCUCCCUCGUCGCAAGCGCCGGCCUCGACAGCAUAGGUCGCGUCUGGGACGUCCGCACAGGCCGCGUCAUCUACAUGCUCGAAAGCCACAUCAAGCCCAUCUACGGCCUGGACUGGGCCGCCGACGGCCACCGCCUGCUCUCGGGCUCCGGCGACGGCUUCAUGAAGUGCUGGGACGUGCGCGCCAUGCGCGAAACUAACUCCAUCGCCGCAAACACCGGCGGCGUCACGGACUUGCGCUGGUUUAAAGGCACCGAUGGGCCGACGAGUGGUGUUCCCCUACAGGAGACUGCGGAGGGGGACCUGAUACCGAAGAAAUCCUCCUCGUUUGUGGUGUCGUGUGGGUUCGAUAGGAAUGUUCAGAUCUUCUCUGCGGAUGACUGGGCGCAUUGUAAGACGUUGCAGGGUCAUUCUGGGCCGGUGUUUAGUACGGAUGUGACGAGUGAUGCGGCGUGGAUUGUUAGCGGGGGGAAGGAUCGUACGGUGAAGUUGUGGGCUAGGGAGGAUGGUGAGGGGAUAUGAGGGGUGGGCGGUUCUUCGUUUUCUUCUUCUU